GCAGCACCAUCACGAUUAAAUAGGCUAGGCAGGAAGCGGCCACAGCACAGCUGGCCUGACAGCCUGAGGAGCCAUGGCGACCUACGUGCAGCUGAACACCGGAGCCAAGAUGCCCAUCCUGGGGCUGGGCACCUGGAAGUCCCCACCAGGACAAGUGACAGCUGCAGUGAUGGCUGCAAUCGAUGCUGGAUACCGACACUUCGAUGGUGCCUAUGUGUACCAGAACGAGAAGGAGGUUGGGGAUGGGAUCCAGCAGAAAAUCAAGGAAGGUGUUGUGAAACGAGAGGACCUCUUCAUUGUCAGUAAGCUGUGGUCCACAUUUCAUGAAAAACAUCUGGUGAAGGGAGCCUGCCAGAAAACUCUUGCUGAUCUAAAACUGGAUUACCUGGAUCUCUAUCUCAUCCACUGGCCUUCUGGCUUCAAGGCUGGAGAGGAUCUAUUUCCCACAGAUGAGAACGGCAUGGUUAUACCCAGCAACACUGACCUUCUACAAACAUGGGAGGCCAUGGAAGAGCUGGUGGAUGCUGGUCUGACAAAAGCCAUUGGCAUCUCCAACUUCAACCACGAGCAGAUUGAAAGAAUCUUGAACAAGCCAGGACUGAAACACAAGCCGGCAAACAACCAGGUAAGCUCCCCACCAGGACAAGUGACAGCUGCAGUGAUGGCUGCAAUCGAUGCUGGAUACCGACACUUCGAUGGUGCCUAUGCGUACCAGAACGAGAAGGAGGUUGGGGAUGCGAUCCAGCAGAAAAUCAAGGAAGGCGUUGUGAAACGAGAGGACCUCUUCAUUGUCAGUAAGCUGUUUUCCACAUUUCAUGAAAAACAUCUUGUGAAGGGAGCCUGCCAGAAAACCCUUGCCGAUCUAAAACUGGAUUACCUGGAUCUUUAUCUCAUCCACUGGCCUUCAGGCUUCAAGGCGGGAGAUGUCCUGUUUCCCACAGAUGAGAACGGCAUGAUUAUACCCAGCAACACUGACCUUCUACAAACAUGGGAGGUCUUUGACUUUGAAUUGACUAAAGAAGAGAUGACAACUCUACUCAGCUUUAACAGGAACUGGAGGAUCUGUCAAAUGAGCCAGCCUCGGCGAGGGGUAGCCGUCUUCGUGUCGAGCAUGGCGACCUGUCUGCGCCUGGGCACCACGGCCAGAAUCCCCAUGGUGGGGCUGGGCACCUGGAAGGCUCCACCGGGUAAGGUGGAAUCUGCAGUGAUGGCUGCAAUUGAUGCUGGAUACCGCCACUUUGACUGUGCCUAUGUGUACCAGAACGAGAAGGAGGUUGGGGAUGGGAUCCAGCAGAAAAUCAAGGAAGGCGUUGUGAAACGAGAGGACCUCUUCAUUGUCAGUAAGUUGUGGUGCACAUUCUUUGAAAAGCCUCUGGUGAAAGGAGCUUGCCAGAAGACACUUGCCAGCCUGAAACUGGAUUACCUGGAUCUCUACCUCAUGCACUGGCCUUUUGGGUUCAAGGCAGGAGAGGACCUGUUUCCCACAGAUGACAAAGGCAUGUCUAUACCCAGCAAUGCUGAUAUUCUGCAAACAUGGGAGGCCAUGGAAGAGCUGGUGGAUGCUGGUCUGGUAAAAGCCAUUGGCAUCUCCAAUUUCAACCAUGAGCAGACUGAAAGACUCUUGAACAAGCCAGGACUGAAACACAAGCCUGCAAACAACCAGAUCGAGUGUCACCCAUACCUUUCCCAGGAGAAGCUUAUCAACUAUUGCCAAUCCAAAGGAAUCACUGUGACAGCAUAUUGUCCCCUUGGACGGCCUGAAAGGGCCACACCAGAGGAGCCUGCCAUUCUGGAUAAUCCCAAGAUUAAAGAGAUUGCAGCAAAGCACAACAAAACCCCGGCACAGGUUCUCCUUCGCUUCCAGAUCCAGAGAAAUGUGAUUGUGAUCCCCAAGUCUGUCACACCACAACGCAUUGUAGAGAACUUCAAGGUGUUUGACUUUGAACUGACUAAAGAAGAGAUGGCAACUAUUCUCAGCCUUAACAGAAACUGGAGAAUUUGUGAAAUGGUCACGUGCAGAAACCACAAGGAGUAUCCUUUCAAUGCUGAAUACUGAAAAUAGUUUUAUCCUGACCUCCUGGAGGCCUGUAGGGUCUAAUGAGUUUCUACCACUACCUACUGUGAUCCACUAUGUACCUUGUACACUAUAUCUAUCCUGACAGCAAAGAGACUUUCUUUGGUAGAACAAAAUAGUGAAGUUGCUCUGAAGAACAAAAUGCAGACUAUAGUUACUGGCUGUAAUAAUUCUUUACUCAUUGGGUACUUGUAUUUACCUGGCUGAAAUGGCAAAACAGAACACUAAAAACUAACUAGCAACUGAUCUAUAUUCUUUUAUUUUUAAUCUUCUGUCUAACAUCAACACUACUUAAGGCUGUAGGGUAAUGAUAUCUGAGCACAAAAAGAAUGAGCUAUGUAAUCAGUGUGUGGAGAUGAAAGACAACUAUUCACUUCUAGAACACAACUCAAAGCUUUUUCUUGAAAUGAAGAAUGUCUGAUCUACAUGCAUAGUGGCUGUAUUGCAGUCACAUUCUCUACCAACCCAAACUGAACUGUGACUUGUUUGUAUUCUCUCAAAAAUAAAGAAGUUUGACUAGUAAUGGCUUGGAAGCUCUUGUCUAAUAUGGAAAAACUGGUAAACCACUGUUGUGUUUAAAAAUAUCAUCUGAAACAACUGUACAUUUUAAA